ACAUCAUCUAAAACAUGGCAGAAGAGGCAAGUGGUUUUUCUGCUAAUAACGACAGUAUGUAUCGUAACCUGUCUGACAGUCUACUGUCUCGUGGCCUCCAGACAGCAUAUCUAACCGUCAGUCUGGUUGUGGCUGUAGGGUGUAGCCUGCUGCUCAUUAUCCUGGCUUGGAAGAAGAAAUAUCUCCAAAAGCCUCGUCACUACCUACGAUGUAACCUGGCGGUAGAUGACCUCAUCUUUACCGGCUGCAUGAUUCCGAUGAAGAUUAGUGUGCUCUUCAGUGAGAACAGAAGCAGUCUCCAGCUUUUAUGUGGUCUCCAGCGGAUAGUGGCCCCUCCAUUAUCAAUAUCAAUGUUUGGUACGUACCUCCUGAUGGCAAUAGAACUGUACUACUUCAUAUGCUAUCCACUGCACUACAACAGCAAGGUCACCACAAAGUGGGCUGUUAUUGGCAUAGUCACAGUCAGGGUCUUAGCCCUGUUCUUUGGCCUUGGGCCUGUGGUCAUCAAACAACUGGAGAACCCUGGAAGCCGGAUAUGUGAUAGAGAUCCCUUAGACAGCACCACCGCAGCUGCCAUCUUCAGAGACAUUUACCAAAUCGGGAUAAUACUGGUUGUUCUUGCCAUCAUCAUACUCUACUGCUUUGUGUUCAAAGAAGCUAGGAAACAGCAAGAGAGGGAUGAGAACCGCAACCUGUGGCUCUAUCAGACUAAGGCCUUCAAAACACUGGCACCUCAUGUCAUUGUUUUAGCUGUGUCAGUAGCAACACUUAUGUCCAUGCUUGUCCUGAAACGGGCGAUGUUGACUAAAGAAAAUGCACCAGUCACAUUACACAGAGCUGAGAAAGCAGCCAGCAUUCUUUACCUGACCCUAUCAUCCAUGGUCAACCCCAUCGUAUACAGCGUCAGACAACCAGAGUUCCGAAGAGCAAUGAGAGAACUGUGUGGCAUGACUCCCAACGCACCCGUAGCACCGGCUGCAUCAACACCACCCAUACAGCAUGGACAGGACAUGGAGAUGGCUGUCAUUGAUAUUCCUGAUCAUGGUAACGAGUCAUCAGGCCAAGAUGUCACGUCAGCACCACAUUCUCAGGAAGAAGAGGCAAUGAACGAGGGGCAGCAUGGAGGGACUCAAGGCACCUCUCACUCCAGCCCAGGCACUGACACUACUGACAAUACUGUGAGUUCAGGCAGAAACCAGUGGCUGGCAGCUACUACAUCCAGCCCAAAUAUAGGACACAGUCACAGAGGCAGACAUGCAUGGCCAGCAAACAUCACCUCUCAGUCCAGGCCAAACACAGUCAAUACAGGUGGAAACCUGUGGCUAGCACUUACUACGCCCAGCUGUCAGUCCAGCCCAAAUAUAGGACACAGAGUCAGACACGCAUGGCCAGGAGGCAUCACCUCUAAGUCCAGGAUACUGUAAUUACAG